AUGUUCCAGAAUCACCCCUGGUUCGCGGGUCUCGACUGGGAGAAUCUCCGCGAGAUGCAAGCGCCGUUUGUGCCUGACGUGUCAUCUCCUACUGACACCUCCAACUUUGACGUCGAUGACACGGAUAUUAGGCUAUCCGAAGCGGUCCCGCCGCCGCAAGCGUCGUCUGCCUUCUCAGGGCUGCACCUGCCGUUCGUGGGCUUUACAUUCACGGCUGGGUCCCGCCUGUCCGACCUGGGCGCGCCCGCCGGCCCGCUCAGCCCAGCUAAGAAUGCUCCUAGCCAGGCGCCAUCCAACGCAGGCGACCGCGCCGCCCUGAAAGCCUUGGAGCGGGAGAACGCCUUACUAGCCCAGACCAUCGCAGAGCUUAGGGCGGGCGGCGCCGCCCUAGACGCCGGCGGUGAGGAACUAAUACAGUUGAAAGAAGAAUUGGCGACGCUGUCGAAGCGAAACGCGGAUCUCGAGGCGCAGUUGCGAUGCUACGAACAACUUAACAGCGGAAUGACAGCGCAGGAUAUGGCGUCGUGUCCGCCAGAGAUAGGCGCCCGCCUCAGAGAGCUAGAAGCCAGUGUUGCCAACCUAACGCAAGAAAAGGAGGAGCUGGCCAAAGACAAGGCCGAUAUGAGCGAGAAACUGAGGCUACAGGACAAGGAGUUGCAGGACGCUUUGGAACAGCGGCGAUUGGCCAUGGCCGAGUACAAGGAGGUGGCGGAUAAGCUGGCCGACCUAAGGCAGCAGAAACACAAGCUGUCGCGACAGGUGCGGGACAAAGAGCAAGAGCUCGAGAAAGAGAUGCAAAAGAUCGACGCUCUCCGCCAGGACAUCCGGCGCUCCGAUAAAGGCCGCCGCGAGCUGGAAGCGAGGCUGGAUAUGGCCAUCGCUGAGGCCACCAAGGAGCGCAAACUUCGUGAGGAGACGCUUCGCUCGCAGCGCGGCGAGACAGUUAGCGCCGGGCCAGCCGCAGAUGUAGCGCGACUGCAACACGAAGUGGAGGCUUUGGAGCUGCAAUACAAGGAAUCUCUGGCGCAGCAGCAGGCCCGGUAUAACUCCGAAAUAGCCGCGCUCCGCGACCAACUGCAAGAGACUGACGCCAUGCGGAAUGUGCUCAACCGAGAGCUGCAAACUUCAAAAGAAAAGCUGGAAAGUCGCCGCCUGGAACAACUUAGCGACAGCGAAGACAAACAGAUGCUCAUCAACGAGAACAGGAAACUGGCCAAAGACUUGGACGCGAUGGCAGAGAACGGCAGGCGGUGGCAUGCGGAAAGGCGGCAGUUGGAAAUGGAAUUGGAAGAGUAUAGAGCGAAACGCGACACCAUGCAGCAUUGGGAGAUUCAGAUAGCAGAUAUAAUUCGAUGGGUGGCAGACGAGAAAGAGGCUAGAGGCUACUUGCAAGCGCUCGCGACUAAGAUGACUGAGGAGUUGGAGUAUCUCAAACAUGCGAGUGCAUCACGCGGCGUGCCGCCAUCGUCGCCUCCGGGCGCCGCACCAGGUGGCUGGCGGAACCGGCGUUCCCAGAAACUGGACAAGAUGGAGAUCCUCACGCUGCAGUCGUCGCUCCACUCCGAGAUCCAGGCCAAGCAGGCUGUUGGCGAGGAGCUGAGCCGCACGCGAGCCGAGCUGCUGGCUAGCCAGAGGGAGCUGAUGGAAACCCGCCAGAGGCUGGACUCUUUAGCGCGCGAUAUGAAACACAAGGAGCAACACAUUCGCGAUAUGCAGGCGCGCCUCGACGCGCCGCACCAGCCCGCCAGCUCCUUCUUGGACCGGCCCCCUUCACAAAUGAGCUAUCUGGAUCAGUUUUUGAAAGAAGCACCCACGGAAAGGCAUUACGACAAUGUGCCCUCUAUCAACAACGAGCAGAAGAUGUCGCCGCAGUACCGUUACAGAAAUAACCAGUACUGUUGUAACUCAAAGGUGAUGUACGGAUCUCAGCAGUCGGCAGUGUUGAGUGGGUCGAUAGACUCGCAAGACUCGAUAGAACCACGCGCCGCGUCACCCGCGUCGAGCAAGAGUUCGCCUAGUGAAAUGUCUACGGACCCGUCAAUAGGUCCCGCGGUGCCAGGCAAGCAGAAAGUCCACCAGUUCCUCGUCAGAACGUUCAGCAGUCCCACCAAAUGUAACCACUGUACUUCUCUCAUGAUCGGCCUAACCCGUCAAGGCGUGGUAUGCGAGACGUGCGGCCUAGCGGUCCACACGCGGUGCUGUGCGCGAGUUGCGGCGCGUUGUCCGCUACCGCCUGAGCGAUCGCGGCGCCCGCUGGGGAUCGACCCCGCUCGUGGACAGGGCACUGCCUACGAGGGAUACGUCAAGGUACCCAAACCGGGCGGGGUGAAGAAAGGUUGGAUGCGACAGUUUGUGGUGGUGUGCGAUUUCAAGUUGUUCCUCUACGAUAUUUCACAAGACAGGAACGCCUUACCGUCAGUGUGCGUCAGUCAAGUGCUAGACAUGCGAGACCCAGAGUUCAGUGUGACGUCAGUCAAGGAGUCUGACGUCAUACACGCCAGCAAGAGGGAUAUACCGUGUAUAUUUAGGAUAUCAACGUCACAACUAGAAGGAGGGAAGCGAUCUCAUACAUUAAUGUUAGCGGAAUCCGAGUCUGAGAAGACGAAGUGGGUGGUCGCCCUUAGCGAAUUACAUAGGAUAUUGAAAAGAAACAAUUUGCCAGACAAAUGUGUGUACAGCGCAUGCGUCUUAGUAGACGGCGCGGGCGCCGCGGCGACUGCACUCCGCGGCGCGCUGUGCGCGUGCGUGCUGGAAGGCGGCCGCGUGUGCGUGGGCGGCGACGGCGGCCUGGCGCUGCUGGACCUGGAGCGCGCCGAGCUCACGCCGCGCCGGCAGCACGCGCCCGUGGCCAAGCUGCUGCACGUGCCCGCCGAGCAGCUGCUGGUGGUGAUAGCGGGCCGAGGCCGGCACGUGCGUCUGGUCCCGAUUCGGGCGCUGGAAUGCAGCGAAGUGGAGUGCGUGAAGCUGGCUGAGACCAAAGGCGCGGUCGACAUCGCUGCAGGAGACUUGCACGCUCACGCUAAAGGCUUCGCUGUGGUCUGCAAGCGACAGAACACGUACGUAGUGAACGUGUACGAGAUAACGCGCACGGCUGCACGCCGCUGCCGCGUGGCCGAGCUCCGCGCGCCCGGCGCCGUGCUCAGCGUGCAGCUGGCGCGCGGCCGCCUGCUGCUGGGCUACCGCGGCGGCUUCGCGCAGCACCAGCUGCCCGACCCGCGCCGCGCCCAGCCCGACCAGCCCGCCGUCUCUCUAGUCCACCCCGAGAACCAAGUGAACAUGUUCUUAUCUCACUCCGGCGCGCGGCCAUUAGCCUGCGCUCCCGUGCCUCGCUCGUCCGACACGCUACUCGUGUUCAGUUCCCUGGCACUGUACGUGGACCGCGCCGGACAUCGGGCGAGGGACACGGAGUUAAUGUAUACGCAGCACCCGGCCUACCAUGCUAUAAACGAAACGCACCUGCUGAUCUUCACGACGACGCAUAUCGAUAUCUACGACAUCGAGUCGGGAGAGUGGGUGCAGACCAUCAAUAUACCAAACGCCAGGCCACUAGACGAGUGUGGUUGGAUAUGCGCCGUGGGCGGCGGCAACGGAGGCAACGGAUUCCCCUUCGGAAGCGAGGCGGCGCCAUACAUCAUUUACUUACGGCCGCUGUUAGCUCAUUUUAUCGUGACUGGCUGGCCAGUAGACGAGUGUGGUUGGAUAUGCGCCGUAGGCGGCGGCAACGGAGGCAAUGGAUUCCCCUUCGGAAGCGAGGCGGCGCCAUACAUUAUCUACCUACGGCCGCUGCUAGCACAGGGGCCACUAAGCGUAGAGGCGUUAGGUGCGUGGGGCGCGCACAAGAGGCGCUACUCUGUGCGAGAACAAUCCCACCAGGCCAUCGAGGCGCAUAACCGACUGUCCCAGGGCCGGUCGCGCUUGAUCUCAGCGCCUACCAACUUCGCGCACCUAUCACACAUGGGUCCUGGUGAUGGAAUCCGUUCGCAGCGUCUGCUUGACUUGCCCACCACCGUGGAAACAGCCGACGAGCAGCAGCAGAUGUACAGCAGUCGAGAGAGCAGUAAACGAACGUCACCGCUAACGAUAUCGCACGGGACGGGUUCUUAUAAUGGCUCGUGGCGAGGCGCGCGUCCGCGAGAGUUGCCGCCGGCCGCGCCCGACGCGCCGCCCUCGCCGCCGCUGUCCAUCCACCGCCCCAUGGAGAGGUCAAUCGGCGGUGGUUCCGCUGGCAGCGGCUCGCUGCUUGAGCGCUCCAUCACGCCGCUCAGCCUCGGCUCCAUGAGUUCGCUGCACGACGUGCUCAAGGUGGGCGAGGGCGAGCCGCACUCUGAAGGCAGCAGCUGCGGCGCCUCCCCGCCGCACCCGCUUGACCCCUGAUGAAACCAACUCAAUUCGUCAUGGAAUAUCGACAUGUCCCGUUUUUACGCUUGCUUCUGUUGAGCGACCGCGCUCGGCGCCUGCGAGACGCGCGAAAGUCGACCUUAUCGCGAAGGCGUUACGCAUAAUUUAUUCACGAAUUUGGUUCCUAUAUAUAAAUGAAAUUAUUUGCAAUAUUUAUUAUAUAAAAACGGAGAUAUCAACAUGACAGAUAACACAAUACCUUCCAAUAUAUGAUAAUAAAAUAGUUGGAUUAGUUAAUACCCGAUGUGGCUUGUAGGUCAAUUAGAAACAGUUUGGGACGUCCCAAUGUAAUCUCAUGCUAACAUACGUGUGUAUGUACGUUUGUAAAUAAUAGAAUUGACACGAUUUCGGACAGAAAUUAACGAUAUUUUUAAAUGACCAUUGAAAUUAAUGGGGAUAUUAUUUAUUCAAGAUUUUAUUUCGUUCGGUGAUAACGAAUCGUCAAAACUACUAUUUAUGAACUGUUUCAUAGCCUUCUCGUGUUCAUUGAAAUCAAACACGAUUUGUAAAUAACUGAAAUGUAGAAUAUUAAUUUUGUAAACACUACAAAAUAGUCUCUUUUUCACAAUUUGUCUUCAAAAUCCCUAAUGCAACCGCGGAGUUCGCAUUUGACCAAAUGUAUUGUAAGUUGAUAAACUUAGUGAUUUUAUAUUUUACCACCCGGUAUUAUUGACGAUUUCCAAUGACACCGUCAAGGCUAUUUGUAUAUCGUAUUUUAUAUGAAUUAACAAAUAUUAUAAAUAAAAAAUAGGUGUAGAUUUUAUUAACCAAAUUGUAUUUAUUUGCUUCUAAGGCCCUAAGAAUACUCUGUACGCCAUUUUGUUACCAUUCUUGCACCGCCGAUUUUAUUUAAUUUAAUCAAACGAAAUGGCGUUGUUUUUAGUUUUAGUUUAACAUUGACGGCUAGCGUGAACAAAUAUCACUGCCAACUUACAGGUGUACCUAAUAAUACGAUGAAAUCUAUGACAUAAUAUUUCGAAUAGUUUUUUCGACAACGUAUACCUACAUUUUAUUUUCGUUUGACUAAAAUAUAUUCAAAAUAAUCUCGAAUACAAAAUCUCGUAUGAUAAUAAAAGUAUAGGUUUGCCUUGUAAUUUAAGAGUGUUACGAACAUGUAUUUUCAUUUAGAAAAUAAAGUUUUUUGAAUGAAAAUGUAUGAAGUAGGAAGAUUAGAUCGGUUCCAUGUUUGCGCUAGAUAGUUUAGCUAACAAAUAAAUUGUAUAAAUAACAUGAAAUCGCUUCCAGGUUUCUCUAAUGCUAAGCUAGUUUUGAUGGAAAUAUUACAUAGAAUUUUAUUAAUUUCAGAGUUGGUCAAUUUCAUUGAACGGUCGUGUUUUUUGAAAAGUAAACCCUUUUAGUAGUAAACAAAAAAUUGAGAAUCAAAAUGAGAUCAAAAACUGCACAAAUUAAAUGAGGCUACCUUUAAUAAGACCGUUUCAAUGAAAUUAGCAACGUGAUUAUUUUAUAAUUACUUUACCAAAAUAAUUGUCACAUUUUUACCUUAAGUUGGAGUAUGUAUAUCCGUUAACACAAUGUCGCUUGUCACAUUUUACUUUGAUAACGUUUCUGCGGGGCUAACAGUCUCGAGAUUUAUAGUUGUGAAUAUGUUUUUAUAAAAACAAAAAAAAAAUCUCGGUAUAGAAUCUUUAUUCGAAUACGUAUCAAAAUUAGUUCUUACAGUUUGUAGAAUUUUGUCUGUGGUUUCGAAGCAUAACCAUAGCUAAUAGAGCAACCUUUGGUUGAUAAAGGGCGAAGUUUGUAAUUCUUUUGUACAAACAACAAUUCGUGAAAUAUUUUUAAAUACAGAUAAAUUGAGAAUCUCCUUAAAUUUUAGACUCGGUUAUAAUUCACAACUACCACAGGGUCCAAAAGCUUGGGAGUUUUAUUCACUGAUUGACAAAAAAAAGUUAUUUAAUCAGAAAAUGGGCUCUAUUGAUAUUAAUUAUAAUAUCAAAAAGCCAGCUCACGAAUAUUGCAUUCUGUAUCGCGAAUACAGAAGCAAAACUAUACUUUUUGCAUUAAUUUCCUCCAGUAUUGGCCCUGUCUCCGAGACUGCCCGAUUUAAUUUGCGAACCCUUCGACGUUCUUAUCUCAUUAUAUUAUGUGAUUAUAUAUUUAAAUUUAAGUCAAUGAAUAAUUAAAUAAUUGUUAUUUUUAACAAUCUAGUCUUUUUGUUUGUUUAUAUUAUGACCAUAAUGUAUUAUUAUGAUUUUUGUAUCUUCGCUGUAUGUUGUAAGCGUAAUAUUAGUUUCGUUUAGAUGAACACUGAGAUUUUUAGAAUAAUUGAUAUUGGAUGGUCGUCUGGUGACUAGAACAACAUUUUUGGUCGAGCAAAUUGAUUUAAGCAACAUGUUUGGAUAUUUAUAGCCUUAUGAUUAUGACGAGACUUAAAAGGAUACUAGAUGUAGUUUUGCUCAAUCAAAAAUGACUUCCAUAAAUAUUUUUAAAACAGUGUAAUUCGCAAUUUUUUAUUUUAUUUUUUACGUUUAAAACAUCGAUUUUAUAAGUUAUCCAAAGAUCUGUCUGUCAGACUUAAAAGAUCGUGUGUCGGUAAUUUAGUAAAAUAAUUAGCUUUUUUAUAUGAAAUUGAAAUUUAUUAAAUUUUGUACGAGAACUGAAUUUUAUAAUUAUUGCUUUAAUUGGCAGAAAUGGACUUAUUUACGGCUUGGAUUGUAUGACGCCUAGUUUGAUAAUUGUAUGGCUAUUAAAGGAGACGUAUUUUCGAAGCAUUCGAAUUGUGAAUCGCGUACAAAAUGUCGUAUACGAUUUUUAUGUGAAUUAGAAUGAUUCAAAAAUAGGUUCCCAGUUCUUAUUGCGUGAAGCGAGUUGAAAUUAUGUAUCUUAUUUCGACAUAUAAAAUGUAAUCAAAAUUUUUGGGUACCAAUGUGUAUUAUGAACGCGAAACACCAAAUUUUAAAAAAUAAGCUGUUUUAUUAUUACGCCAAGUUAAAAUGGAUUUCUCAAUGAGUUGUAUUUUCCACAUAUUAUUCUCGCGAAACCUAUUAUGUAUGAUAUAAUGUAUGUCACUUACAAUGAAAUAGUAACUAGCAUAAUCUAUUUUCUAAUACAGUUUUAUUUUGUAUUUUGCAAAUUUUAAUCUUCCAUUAUGUCCACCCAUAUGUAAUGAUAGUCAAUUGAUGAAAUUAUAUUUACAGUGACUUAAAAAUUGGCAAUUGUGAUUUUGUAACCUAAUAAAUGUGAAAACGAAAAUUUGUUGAAUUAUGACCCCAUACGGGGGGUAUUGUUGAACAUUGUAAUUAAUAAAAUAAAGGUGAGCGUACAACUGCGGGCGACUUGGAUAUUUGUGAAUUUUUACAAAGAUUGCACAUUAUCGUUGAUUGCACACUACAUUUAUUCAUAUCUGUAACGAAAAAUAUAUAACACAGUUUUUUUUUUAAAUGAUACGUACCCUUAAAAGUAGGAUUUUGAUUUACUUCCGCAAAAUGUUGCCCACGGUUGUACACCAGACUUUAUAUAAUGUAGAUUUUGCUAAAAUUAAUAUAAAGAGUUAUGCAUUUUAUAAUCGAGAACACAUAUAUUGCGAAAACGUAAGCUUUCCACUAUCAUUUAUUUGUUAAUUAUUGGACAAUAUACUAGUAAAGCGAAAGUAAUUAUAUCUCUAUGUACCUCUUAGUCUGUAACGCUCCUGUUUUGCGCUAUAGCAAAGUAUUAUUCUAUCUAAUAACCCUCUCAGUAUUUACAGAAAAAGCAAGUUUUUAGAGUAAUAUUUUGCUAUAAAUAAUAUAAAUAAACUGUAUUCAAUUUAAGUGCGACAUUAAUCUGAAGUGCUUUUUGAAAUAGGUGCCAUCAAUUUUGAUCAUUUCUCAGACUUGAAACGUAUGUGUUUAUUUUGAAUGAGUUGGCCUAAAUGUAGCUCAUUUGUUCAGUAUACGCACAGCAUAUUUCAGAUCUGAUGAAUCGAUCAUUCAGGAAAAUAAAGUGAAAUCCGAAAUCGAUAUAAAAGCGAUUUAAGAUCGCUUUCUCGCGGGCGUUGAAACUAAUCGGUUAUCCAGUCGUUUGCAGUUUUCACACGUCCGCCAUUUACGAACAAAGUUGCGUAGUUUUAUUGCAAGAAAUAGUAUUAUAGCCUUCGCGGAUAUCUUCCUUGUAUCUAACGGUUCAUACACUAUAUUAUAAUUUGUAUGUAAAUCUAAAUUAUUGACUAAUAUUAAUUGCAAUUACAUGAAAUUCAAUACUUAAUUAUUUUAUGUAAAUACCUAAAUAAAGAAACAUUUGAAUGAA